AUGUCUAAUAAAAUUAAAGACAUUGAUGAUGAAGUUAUGAUUGAUGCUGGAUAUGUCCCAAUAUCAGGAGAAAAAAUAGAAGAAACAACGGGAACAAAAAAGUUAACUGACGAGGAGGAAACUGUUAGACCAAAAUUUCGUCCUGCUACUAUUAAUGAACUUAAUAAUGGUGCACCACAAGUUCGUAGAAUAUCGGUUCCACCAAAUAGAUUUACACCACUCAAAAAAGAAUGGAAAAAAAUUUAUGAACCUCUGGUAAAACAUUUAAAUUUACAAGUUAAAAUGAACGUAAGAUCAAAUCGUGUUGAGAUAAAGACAUCUAAAUAUACAGAAGAUCCCGGAUCACUUCAAAAGGCUGCAGAUUUUAUAAAGGCUUUCAUGUUGGGAUUUGAUGUUGAUGAUGCAAUAGCAAUUUUACGUGUUGACGAUCUUUACAUAGAUUCAUUUGACAUAAAAGAUGUAAAAACCUUGGGAGAUGAUCACUUGUCUCGUGCAAUUGGUCGUAUAGCAGGUAAAAAUGGUAAAGUAAAAUUUGCCAUUGAAAAUACUUCCAAAACAAGAAUCGUAUUGGCAGAAACAUCUAUACAUAUUUUAGGUUCAUAUCAAAAUAUUAAGAUUGCGCGUGAUUCAGUUGUAUCAUUAAUAUUAGGUAGUCCACCAGGGAAAGUACACGCAAACUUAAGAACAAUUACUGCCAGGAUGAAACAAAGGUUCUAA